GCUAAAAAUCAGUCCGAUGGAAGCUCCGAACCCUAGGCCUCUUGGAGCGGCCGGCGCCGGCGCGUUCAUAUACGCAUCGACUCGAUUCCUCAUUUCCUACGACACUCCAACGUCGCCACCUGAUCUCCUGCCCCAAUGCGCCGCUUCUCCUCUCUCUCGCGACCUCUCCUAUCUUUCAUGGCCUGUGCUCCGCCUCCACCAGCUCUUCCGCCACGAGUUCCCCUACUCAUAGCAGCUCCUCGUGCGCCUGGUCGUCGUGUUCACAGAAUUCUUCAUGGAUCUCGUAACAUGGGGAGCAUCAGUGAAGUAAAAGACGACGAGACUUGUAUACCAGACUUACUUCUGCUCAACUCUUCUGCCAAUGACCACUCUGCCGUCACCCAAGGCAUGACAAACAUAGAAACGAGGGGCAGAACCAAGGAGGUUACUACUCACUAUGUUGACCUCCGUGAGGAACACCAUCAGGAAGACGGAGGUAGUGUAACCAAUGAUCACAAGGGUGUAAUUAUGGUCAGUGAUGACGAAGAAAUGCCUUGUUACCCCAUCGAAAGUGUAUUUCCUAUGCAUACAUUACCAAAUAGCAGCCACCGCAGUGGUUCUAUAUACAGGAGUAUAUGGAAUAAAUUUUAUCGUGUCUCAGACCGUAGUGAGACUCGGUUGGAGGCGAAGAUGCAUUCAGAAUCCACAAGUGAUUGCUUCUCGCGCGAUGGAGAGUGUAUGAUUCAUACACCUUGUUGCAUGCUGCAGUUUUUCUCAUUAAAGUUGGCUAAAAUUCCUGUGAACAGUGGCUCAGUGGAGUUGUAUGGAUACAUAGCAGUACGGGAUGGUCUGGAUCGAUUGCUUAAUUAUGUCGUCAACUUUAGCAGAGAUGACCCCAUCAUCGUGGAGCAGGGUUCUCUCAUCAACAUGAAUGGCCCUAAGCGAGCGAUACAUAUGUAUGACACUGUUUUCAUUGAGUAUGACAUGAAGAUCAAGACAGGUGAGCAAGAAAAAGAUGAUCUACAGCUGAUUGAUGGUCUAUCAGGCAUAGACGACACAGGCAUAUGGAAUUGUCGCACAAUAACAAGACGCAUCCAUGGUGAUUCUGGCGCAGUUGACAUAACUGUAUUGCGUCUUGAGAGUGCUGUUGAGGGGACUGUAGAAGUUUCCAUAUCAGAGGUGAAAUGCAGUUUCAGUUUGUGUCUUGGCUGUAUCAUCAAUGGUUUCAAUGAAGAAAUCUGUCUCUUUGAUUGCACCGUUGGUGAAUCAAGUGUUUUAGAGAGGUCUGUGGUAGCUGUCGUCAUGGGUUCAUGGAUGGAUUUAAAGUUCAAGAUUGGCCCAGAGUCCUCCAGUUCUGCUGAAGUCUGUUCCUUCGAGGCAAGCAACCAUGGGCUAUCUACUCAACAGAUAAAGACUAAUUUUGCAUUGAUCUCAGUUAAGGUGACUUGGUCAACUUUGGAAUAAACGUUGUGAAACAACUGUGUGGGGAUUUUGCCAAUAUAUCAAGUUUGCCAGUCUAGACUCCGGGCUUCUGGCAAAAAAAUGAAGCACUCAAGCAUAUAUAAUAAAAUUACUUGGAAGGUUAGCCCGUGGGAUGAUAUAUAUGCUUGCAAAAGUUUGUUAAAUAGUAUUAUUUGAAAAAAAAAUUGAAGGUACAUAUGUGAUAUAUCCAUUACUUAGUUUGUGAGAUGGUCUGGUCUAGUCGGGGCAGAGAAGAAAGCAGAUAGGGAUACAUUUUUGGCAAUCCUUAGCCUAAAGCAGAUAGUAAAUUACACCUGUAAGAUAGAACUUUUUUCUUACUUUCUGGUUCAUGUAUCAGUGAUCGGGGUCGUCCUUGUCAUUGUCAGCAUCAAAAGAGAGGAUGAUCAUCUUUGUACAUGGCACGGGGAGAGCUGGAGCGGGUUGAGCCCCAUGGAGGGUAUUACUGCUCGGAUUCAUUAUCUUUUUUUUUUUAA